UGCCAUUUUACACACACGCGCACACACCGCGCACACACACAAAAUCAGCAUCAGCCUAUGGGCGACCUCUAUAGAGGAAUUCAGCCUUUUGUAAGAAGACUGGCGACACACACUGAGAAGAAGAUGGUGACAAAGGGACGAUAAAAUGUUCUUGUUAUCGCCGUGAACCGAGGGGACUUGCAUCAUGGGUGAUAUUUUGUCUAUUUGAUGAUAAUUAGUUAUUAUUUUAAAUGUAAGAUAUAUUCGCGGUGUAAUCCUGCCGGCAUCAUCUUCGGUUGGCAGCAGUUUUGGCCGAGCUGCGUUCAGGGACACUUGGGACUUUACAGCGCUCGCCUCCCCCCCUCAUCUAGCUUUGUUUUAUUUCCGCAAUGGGAAGCUGAAUGUGGGUUUUAUGAAACGUAUGAAGCGUCGGUGCUUGCUGCUGCUCUCCUCCUCCUUCUCCUGCACUAGCGAUCCUCACAGAGGGCAUUACCCUCCUCCCCGCCGUUAAAGACAUUUUGAUCGUCCUCUACUACCCCCAGCUCCCCCCCCCAACCCCGUCACUCCUCCAGCCGCCACUACCGCUUUCACCAUGUCCGGACCGACGCUGACGGACCGGAUCGCCGCCGCGCAGCACAGCAUGAGUGGCUCAGCGAUCAGCAAAGCCGUGUGCAAGGCCACGACGCACGAAGUGAGCGGACCCAAGAAGAAGCACCUUGACUACCUGAUCCACUGCACCAACGAGCUGAACGUCAGCAUCCCUCACCUGGCAGACACGCUGCUGGAGCGCACGGCCAGCAACAGCUGGAUCGUGGUUUUCAAAGCGCUCAUCGCCACACAUCACCUCAUGAUGUACGGCAACGAGAGACUGAUGCAGUACAUGGCCUCCAGAAACACGCUCUUCAACCUCAACAACUUCCAAGAUAAGGCUGCACUACAAGGGUACAACAUGUCAACCUUCAUCAGACGCUACAGUCGCUACCUGAAUGAAAAAGCCAUGUCGUUCGGGUUAGCUGCAGUGGACUUCACCAAGAUGAAGCGAGGGGCUGACGGUGUGAUGCGCACCAUGAACACAGACAAGCUGAUUAAGACGCUACCUGUCAUUCAGAACCAGCUGGAUGCUCUGCUGGAUUUCCAGCCCAACUCCAAUGAGCUGACCAACGGCGUCAUCAACACGGCCUUCAUGCUGCUCUUCAAAGACUCCAUACGAUUGUUCGCCGCCUACAAUGAGGGAGUCAUCAACAUGCUGGAGAAGUACUUUGACAUGAAGAAGCAGCAGUGCAAAGAGGCGCUGGAGAUCUACAUGGCCUUCCUCAACAGGAUGACCAAACUGUCCGAGUUCCUCAAAGUGGCCGAGGCACCCAGCUCGCUCCUGGAAGCUCUGGAGCAGCAUUUAGCCUCUCUGGAGGGCAGGAAGCUCAAAGACCUCUCCAUCGCAAGCAGAUCCAGUGCGGUGUCGUCUCUCUCCAGCACCGAAAUCUCCCUUAGCCGAAUGGACGACAAGACGGAGACGGACAACAGACUGCAGCAACACAAGGAGGACGGUCAUAAGGUGAUCGACAUCCAGACGGCCAAUGUGUCCCCCAGCACCCAGUCGGUGGGAAGUGCCAACAGCAGCGGAGGGGCCACGGACCUCUUCUCCAACUCCCCCCUUGUACCAGUCAACAACUAUGUGCCAAAUCUGACCAGUGAGCUGUUCACCCUGCAGCCUACCUUCACCCCCCUACAGACCACACACACUGUGCCCAACAACAACGCCUGGGGAGGUGAUCUCCUCAAGCCAGCCCCGCCCACUCAGAUUCUCAGCCCCGGAGCCCCAUUGCACUCCGGGAAGAUGCUUCACAACGAUUUGGACUCGUCAUUAGCUAACCUCGUCGGGAACCUGCAGUUUGGUGGGACGCCAGCUAAAAGACCUGAGCUGCAGUGGAGUCAGCUGGUGGAAAAGAAGCCGACAGCAGGGAGCGGCUGGCAGACAAAGACCAUGUGCACCAGCACAAACUGGACUCACUCAGCCCAUCCCAUGGCCCCCGCACCUAUGCCCGUCCCUCAGAUGAAUGGGGUGAUCUACACUGGCUAUGCUCCAGCUCCAGUAGCUUUUCCUAUGACGACCCCGCAAGUGCCUGUCUAUGGAAUGCUCCCCCCUCAGAUGAGCCAUCAGAUGGGGGGUGUUCCGAUGAUGCCCCCGCAGCCUGUUAUGUACAACCAGCCGGUCCUGAGACCCAACAAUCCCUUUGGACCCAUACCGGGGACACAGAUGCACUUCAUGUAAGACAACGCCGUAACCAUGGCAUCCAAGCCCAGAGCGCCAGAGAAAGAGCUGUGAAGACAACAAAAUGGAUGGUGGGAUGAAGAGAGAGGACAGAGACGGAAUGAAAGAGAGACGAAGAAGGAGAAAAGAACCGGCGCUUGGCCCUCCUCGCUUCCCGUCAGUGUCGCCGACUGAUCUCUCAACGAAUCCAAAUAGAGGAACCAGAGGCUCAAUCCCACUCACACCAUUUGCUGAAAAACGACCUGUGAUGACGCUACGAUGACUCCAAUGAAGCAUAGCUGCUCCAUCGCCAACCGACCUGACCUUCUCCCUCCUUGUCCCCAGAGUUGAAAAAACAUUGGAUCGUUUUGCUGGCACUUUACUCAAUGUGAUCUUUGCCAAGGGUGUGUGUGUGUGUGUAUGUGUCUUGUUCCCAUCAGUUCAGCCAUUCAACAUGUUAAAUAUUUGUAUGCAUUUUUUACAUGUCGGUGGUUUUUAGCUCCAUUUGAUGUUCUUGUUUGCCAACUUCACUUCAUUAGGGGGGCAUGCUGUAUGUGUGGAUAGAUUGUGUAUGUUUUUGCGUCACUGCACUGGAACUACUGACAAAAGCACUGAGCCAGACAGAGGAAUCACAAAUUUGGAUGUAAUCAAACCCCUUUGACUACUUUCUACUCUACAAUGUGUUAUUUUUUUCUCUGCAGCUGUGUAAUAUCAUGCAAAACUAGUCUUUUUUCCAUCAUGCUGUCAUCAGGAUUAUGUACAAAAACGCUUUUCUGUAUUCUCAAAUGCACUGAGAGGCAGAUAGAUGGUCUCUUAUCAGAAAUGAUCACAGUCCCCAAGGGUGUGGAUGAUGUCCUUUCCUGACCAGUAGACAAAAAAAUGUUUUUUUAACACACCAGACAAGGGUAAUUACUGUAGAAGAUGCCCUUGUCAAUGCAGUGUUAACAUUUAUGCAUAGGACAUCUAAAAAGGUCAGUGAGCAGAGUUAACGGGACGGCUGAGGGUUAACGCCUGUCGAUCACGGCCCAGCACUCGCAAGGUUGAUAGAUUAGCUGGGACAGCUCGGAGAGGCUUUAGUGAGAUAUUAACUAUGUGGCUCUUCUGGUGACUGAUCUGUCUUUAUAGCACAAAAAUCUUUAGAUAAGGGGGCAACGCUCUGCUGCACAAAAAAAAACUAAAAAUCAUUGCUGGGAUGUACAGUCGAAAGGGGCAAUAAUCAAUCGGGCUGUUUGUUUUUCUAUUUAUGGCAUCUCUUCUGUCAUGUAAAAGGAGGCAGCCGUGUUUCUCGGUUUAAGAGUUUGUGGUUUUUGUGACCAUGUCUCGAGUCUGUCCAAGGACUCGCUCGAGUUCCCUACAAAGAGUGAGCCAAAGUCAACGCCCCUGCGGGUUCAGUGACUACCAGCAUUUUGACGUUGGAAAUAGGCUCCAAGGCUGCCUGACAUUUGGACAUUUUUACUUUCUCAUCACUGUGUUCCAGAGGCGUGUAUUUGUCCGUCAGCAGGGACAACCACUGACUGCCUGUUAAGUGUGUCCUCUGUAUAUAGGUGAUGCUGUUCAUGUGUGUUCUUAGACGUGUUCCCUGUACUGUGGUGGCCGGAGCCCGCCUCCCUCAACCCUCCGUUGGAUGACGUACUGUAUGUGAGACAAUUUACUGUUGUAUCUGUGUUUGAAUGGUUGUGUUUUCAAGGUGUCAUAGUCCAGGGGAUGGUGGUGGGUUAGGGGGUUGAUGUUAGUCAUGUUUGUGUCCGUCUAAGGGGGGUGGGGGUUCAGGGGUGUCUAAGUUAAACUAUAGCCCCUUUCACACAGCCUGUAAGAGCUGGCUUUUUCCCGUGUUGCUGUUUUGUAUAAACAGAAUGGGGGGAAUAAAGUUGACAAUUUACUGCCUUAAGAGGUAGUAUCGGAGCCGUAACAGAGGCAGGAGGCCAUCUGUGUGUAUGGGUAUUUCCACAAUGUCGGAACAGCUUUGUUAAAUUUAACACACAACACUCGCCUCUCUUGCCCUGUUGUGUUGAAAGCAAUUAUCAAUGUCCGACAAGUAUUUUAAAAGUCAUGCAAAAUGCUGCCGUCGUCACACAUAGAAUUAUCUGAUGAAAGCGGACACAGGUGUGGUAAUAUCCCUGCUUCGAUUGGUUGUGUGAAAUACACAGAUGAGUAAAUGUGACAUCUGAUGUCACGGUACUAAUGCGCCACUUGCAGGAUCUCUGUCUGAAAGAGGAUCAUGUUAACUGUAGCUCCUUUCACACUGACUGUAAAAGCCGCCUCUUCCCGUGUUGCUAUUCUGUUUAAGCGGCGCCAACAUGGGAGGGAGAGGCAUAUCCGAGAUGUAACAGAGGCAGCAUGCCAUCUGUGUGUAAGUGUAUUCGCAAUGCCGAUACUGAGGGGUGAAGUUUAACAACACCCGACAAACCCUUCUCCCAGCCUGUUGUCUAAGCAAUUGUGUAAAUAACCAAUGCCGUGUUGCGGCCACAUCCUGUGUCCUCUAUAAAAGGCACAGGCAAAUAAAAGCCGGCUCUACUGCUGUUACGGCUACUUUGCGGCAACUCUGUGUGAAAGAGGCUUAUCACAACUGGUCUACACCAAGAGUGUCUUCAUCAAGGGAGAGGACAGGACAGGGUCUGUCCUCUUCGAAAAACAGGAACAUUUUUUGCACCAAAGUCAUCAUCAAAGCGCAGCUUCUUCUAAGUCAAGGUCGUUACUGAGGGUCAAAACUCAAAAAACUAUUUUAGGUUGUUUUCUUUUUCAGUUAUUUUGAAAGUCUUGUUUUGUUUUUUUUGCAUGAUUAAGUGUCGUCUUUUUAUUGGAUUGUGGGCCCGGCAAAAGCAUGACCAUUGUGGUAACUUUCACUUUUAUCUUGUGUGUUUGAAAACUGUUAUGACAAUUUCUGCACAAGAUCUUUUUUUUUUUCUUUCCAUGAACUUCAAUUGACA